AUGGUAAAUCCUGUCAGCGUGGAAAUUGGAUCCCCACGGGAGUCUGGUCCAGCGGGCCUGGACGAGCUCCUCAAUAAGUUCAACGGUGUGUCGGCUUCUCUUUACCGGCCUUCGGAAGUGAUUGACGCCGUCGCUGGCGUCCUAGACCUUCUACCUCCUGAGCAUCAGCUCAGAGGCCAAAAGGUCUUACAAGUGCUAACCAGGCACCACCUUACGCUGAUCGAGGGCGCGGCACGUCCCGGCUCUAUUCUCACCCCUCCCCACCGCGCUGAAGCGGCGCCAUCCGCUGUUCUGGCAUCCCUUGCCACCAAUUCCUCUAACCAGCGCGCCGAUACCUCCCACCUCGUAUGCACAGCUCGCGAGGCACCGACCUCUGUUCCGGAACCCUCCCCCGCGGCCCAACCCUCCCAUACCUGGACAGUUGUGGCGGCCACUAGAGUCUUUCCUCCUAUGAUCCGCUUUGCUCUCUUUUCCAUCGUCCUUUGGCAGGCAGCUGCCGAUGACCACAAGCCGUCUGAAGAGAGCAUCUUGCCGACGAAGCCUCCACAGCCACCGACUGACAACGGCGAUCAUGAGGAUUUCUUUCAAAUGCUUCAUUACCUAUUCCACCACGGUAUGGGUGGUGUCCAUAGCGAGGCCGCGGACUUCAUGCCGAGUGCCGUUGGCGAUAUUACUGAUAUUAUGCCGGGUGACUUCUUUGAUACCCGGAAGACUACCAAGUUUGGGGUUUACUCGGGUGACUUCAAAUUGGACGAAUAUGACAGCGUCGCCACCGACGUGACGGUUUACGCCAAGACGAAAGAGUACAACGUCAACGAUGAGGACUUCCGUUAUCUCACCGUUGGUGUCCACGGAGGCACCUUUGGGCAUUGGUUUGGUUACUACCCGACCGUGAAGAUGUACAAUGGUGUCGGCAAUGCGUACAUCAGCGCCUAUUACUUCCGUCCUCUUCCUGUCGAACCUGACAUGAUGACUGGAAAUCAUUCAGUAGGUGAGGAAGCAACCACCACACCCAAGCCGGUGGAUGGUGAGCACGGCCGGGACGAGGAUUAUCAUCACGUCACUUUGACGGCCAAGGCCCGGGCUAACAUCUACCUCCCAUGGGGUCAGACGGCUGUUCCUUGCUUUGGUCCCGCUGGUGGCGAUGGCGCCUGGUAUCUGAUGCAUCAGUUUGGUGAUGAGAGGCUUCAUUGUGUCGUCUUUGAUGGUAAGUAUAAGACAUGGUAUUCUGCUGAUCAACCUAAGAAGAGGGAUCCUGUGUGGGUAACGUCCGGCGAUGUUCUCCUCGCCAUGAGGAAGCGUUCUGGUUACAUGCGGGGAUACCGCGUUAAGGUCCUCGCUCACGGCCUCCCAUUCAUCCUCCAGUGGAGGGGAGUCCAACGCGGUAUGCAGUCCACUACGGCGAAGAUUGAGAGGGGAUGUGGCGGCUUUUGCGUUUUUGGCGACUACGGCCCGAUGUAUACCGUUGACGACACCUACCGGGUUGAGGACUCGACUAUUGAGCUCAGCUUCGACCAUUCCGUCCUCACGGCUACAACACCAUACCCUCCCCAUGAUACUACGGAAACACCAGAGAUGCCGGGGACGGGGGCGCUGCAGAAAUUGUCCACUACUGAGGCCCCUGUAGAUGCGGCUACUACUGAAGCCCCUGUAGACGAGUCCACUACUGAAGCACCUGUAGGCGAGUCCACUACUGAAUCUCCUGUAGAUGAGUCUACUACUGGCGCCCCUAUAGACGAGUCCACUACUGAAGCUCCUGUAGGUGAGGCUACUACCGAAGCCCCUGUAGAUGAGUCUUCUACUGAAGCCCCUGUUGGUGAGUCCACUACUGAGGCUCCUGUAGACGAGUCCACUACUGAAGCCCCUGUAGGCGAGUCUACUACUGAGACCCCUGUAGGCGAGUCUACUACUGAAGAGUUUACUACUGAGGCCGCUGUAGAUGACUCUACUACUGAGGCCACUAUGGAAGAGUCUACUACUGAGGCUCCUGUAGCCGAGUCCACUACUGAAGCUCCUGUUGGUGAGUCUACUACCGAGGCCCCUGUAGACGGUUCUACUACUGAAGCCCCAGUGGAUGAGUCUACUACUGAAGUUCCUGUAGACGAGUCUGCUACUGAGGCCCCUGUAGACGAGUCUACUACUGAGGCCCCUGUAGACGAGUCUGCUACUGAGGCCCCUGUAGACGAGUCUACUACUGAGGCCCCUGUAGAUGAGGGUACCACUAAAUCCCCUGUAGACGAGUCCACUACUGAGGCCACUAUGGAAGAGUCCACUACUGAGGCCCCUGUAGAUGCGGCUACCACUGAAACCCCUGUUGGUGAGUCCACUACUGAAGCACCUAUAGGUGAGGCUACUACUGAAGCCCCUGUAGACGAGUCCACUAGUGGAGCCCCUGUAGGUGAGGCUACUACUGAGGCUCCUGUAGACGAGUCCACUACUGAAGCCCCUGUAGAUGAGUCUACUACUGAAGCCCCUGUAGACGAGUCCAAUACUAAAGCCUCUGUUGGUGAGUCCACUACUGAGGCCCCUGUAGACGGGUCUACUACUGAAUCUCCUGUAGACGAGUCUACUACUGAAGCACCUAUGGGUGAGGCUACUACUGAAGCCCCUGCAGAUGAGUUUACUAUUGGAGCCCCUAUAGACGAGUCCACUAGUGAAGCCCCUGUAGAUGAGUCCACUACUGAGGCCCCUGUAGAUGAGUCCACUACUGAAGCCUCUGUUGGUGAGUCCACUACUGAGGCCCCUGUAGACGGGUCUACUACUGAAUCUCCUGUAGACGAGUCUACUACUGAAGCACCUAUGGUUGAGGCUACUACUGAAGCCCCUGCAGAUGAGUUUACUACUGGAGCCCCUAUAGACGAGUCCACUAGUGAAGCCCCUGUAGAUGAGUCCACUACUGAGGCCCCUGUAGAUGAGUCCACUAGUGAAGCCUCUGUAGAUGAAUCCACUACUGAGGCCCCUGUAGACGGGUCUACUACUGAAGCCUCUGUUGGUGAGUCCACUACUGAGGCCCCUGUAGACGGGUCUACUACUGAAUCUCCUGUAGACGAGUCUACUACUGAAGCCUCUGUUGGUGAGUCCACUACUGAGGCCCCUGUAAACGAGUCCACAACUGAAGCUCCUGUGGAUGAGUCUACAACUCCUACAGCCACCCUGACUGAGUCUAUGACUACUGGAGCCUCUUCAAUGGUGUCCACCACUGAAUCCUCUAUGAUGGAGGCUACUAGCACUGGAGCUCCGGUAGUUACCAGUGCGCCUCCGAUUGGCGACUUCACUGAUGUUCCUCCCAUCCUCCCAUAA